GGGCUUGGGGGGGGGUCAGGUGGGGACCAACGGCCGCGAGCGCGAGAGCGAGACAGACCCAGGGGCACUGGGAGUGACACAGACCCUGACACAGACAGGGGCCUGAGGGGGACCGGCGGCCAGACGGUGUGUCUCUGUCUCACACACACACACAGAGUCCCAGUCGGGCCAUCGCCGCAUCCUCUUCCAUCCCGCGGCACCUUCUGAAGGAGUGAACCAUGACAUCGAAGAGCAAGGCGGCCAACAGCCGCUCCAACUCGUCAGCAUCCCGGAAAGAAGCUGUGCAUCAACUCUGCAAGUUCAACUGGAACUGAGCUUUCCUAGCGAAGACUGUGACACUGAUAAGCACAGCUCUCAUAAAAAUGGGAAGAAAAGUGAUGGACCCUCCGGAAGUUCGUUCUUCACAUGGUUCAUGAUAAUUGCUUUGCUGGGUGUUUGGUCAUCAGUAGCAGUUGUUUGGUUUGAUUUGGUGGAUUACAAAGAGGUUUUGGCUAAAGCAAAGGAUUUCCGUUAUAAUUUUUCACAGGUAUUACAAGGAAAACUCGGAGUCUAUGAUGCCGAUGGAGAUGGCGAUUUUGAUGUGGAAGAUGCCAAAAUUUUGCUAGGGUUGAAAGAAGCAGAAGGACCUGUUUCUGCUGAACAUUUUGGGAAGAACGAAGAGCCUAUUCAGCCAUCUGUAUACACAGACAUAGGAACAGAGGCUGACAAAGAAGAAACAGAAUCCAUGCGAGCAGAUGUGACUCCGGCACCCCUCAAACGCACACCAGUAGAAGAGCCACCAAUGGAGGAAGGGCCAAAUGAAUAUGAGCAGGAUGAAGAUUUCAAAGAUGCUGAAACAGAUGAAGUUAGAGAUGAAACAGUUGAGCCUGAACCUGUGGAAGCAGACACUCGAGAAGAGUCUGAGUAUAUGGAAGAGGAAGUGUCUGAAGGAUCGGAGGUUCUAGAAACAUCAGAAGUGACUGAGGAAGAUGUUGAUGAUAUUGUUUCAGAUGAUGCCAAACUUCAGCCUGAAGAGGUGGUGUCUGAACAAGAAAGUGCAGGAUUGUAUGAAUCUGAAGUUGAAGAUUUCUCUGACCAAGUGGACCAGGAAGAUGAAAUGGAUGAAGAGCUGUCGGAGAGCGAUAAAUUUACUGAAGCAGACGUUGACCUAGAACAUGAAGAUACAGUGGAAGAGUUUUAUGCUGAAGAAACAGAAUAUGUCCCAGGAACAGAAGAUAUACAAGAGGUGUCUCCUGUUCUUGAAAGUACAGAUGAAGCUAGCCAAUCAGCCUAUGGAUCUCAGAACUUGGAUGUGGAAUCUGAAAUCCAAGAAGCAGUACCUCUCCCAGAGGCAGCAGAAGAGCCUAUAGAAGAAGAAACAUCAGAAGUGACUGAGGAAGAUGUUGAUGAUAUUGUUUCAGAUGAUGCUGAACUUCAGCCUGAAGAGAUGGUUUCUGAACAAGAAGGUCCAGAAGGCGAUAGCAUUGAGGGCACAGAAGUACAUACAGCAGAAGAAUCUGUGACUUAUUCAGAAGUGAGUGAACCCUCAGAACCUGACCAUCUGGAAGUAACAGGUGAAUCAAAAGAUGAUUUGGGCACAGUUGAACUAGAGAAAGAGCUUGGAACGACAGGUUUAGAAGAGGAAGCAACUGAUGAGCCACAUACACUAUCAGAAGAUAAACUAAAGGAAAUGCCAUCAGACAAAACAUCUGACUCUGAAUUAAAGAAGGAAAACAAAGGUCCAGCUAAGAAAAAGAAACCAAAGCUGCUGAACAAGUUUGAUAAGAUGAUUAAGGUCGAAUUGGAUGCUGCUGAAAAGCUGCGCAAAAAGGGUAAAUCUGAAGCAGCGCUCCAGGCAUUUAAUGAAAUUCUGAAGAGCUAUCCCCACAGUCCUCGAGCUAAAUAUGGGAAAGCCCAGUCUGAAGAUGAUUUGGCAGAAAAAAUGCGAAGCAAUGAGAUACUUCAGAGAGCAAUAAAUACCUAUGGAGAAGUGGCUGACAUGCCGAAUCCACCUGCAGACCUGGUGAAGUUAGCAAUAAAACGACAAGCAAACAGGCAGCAGUUUCUAGGCCACAUCAAACGUUCCGUGGUGACCUUACAGAAGUUAGUAGAUCGUUACCCAGAUGAUGUCACAAUUAAGAAUGAGCUUGGAGUAGGUUACCUCUUAUUGGGAGACAAUGAUAAUGCCAAGAAUGUCUAUGAAGAGGUUCUGGCCCUGGCUCCAAAUGAUGGCUUUGCUAAAGUUCAUUAUGGAUUCAUCCUCAAAGCUAGGAAUCAGAUAGCUGAAAGCAUUCCAUAUCUAAAGGAAGGUUUAUUAUCCGGGGAGCCAGGGACUGAUGAUGGUCGCUUUUACUUCCACUUAGGAGAUGCAAUGCAGCGAGUGGGCGAUAAGGAGGCGUACACGUGGUAUGAAUUGGGACAUAAAAAGGGACAUUUUGCUUCAGUGUGGCAGCGCUCACUCUACAAUGUGAAUGGUCUGAAAGCUCAGCCUUGGUGGACAACAAAAGAAACAGGCUAUACUGAACUGGUGAAGACUCUUGAGAGGAAUUGGAAGUUGAUUCGUGAUGAGGGACUGGCUGUUAUGGAUAAGGAAAGGGGAUUUUUCUUGCCAGAAGAUGAAAACCUGAGGGAAAAAGGUGACUGGAGCCAGUUUACACUUUGGCAGCAAGGUCGCAGAAGUGAAAAAUCCUGUAAACAAGUCCCGAAAACAUGUGCCUUGUUUGAAAAGUUUCCUGAGUCAACGGGCUGCAAGCGUGGGCAGUUAAAGAUGGAACUCAGGAUGUUGCUGUGCAAGCUCUCUCUCCUUCACAGACUUUAUUACACUAUUACCUCACCAAGAGAUUCGAUUAAGUAUUCAGUUAUGCACCCAGGGACUCAUGUCUGGCCUCACACUGGACCCACAAACUGUCGCCUAAGAAUGCAUCUUGGCCUGGUCAUUCCUAAACAAGGCUGUGCAAUCCGUUGUGCCAAUGAGACCAGAGAAUGGAAGGAGGGCAAGGUGAUAAUCUUCGAUGACUCCUUUGAGCAUGAGGUUUGGCAGGAUGCGAACAGCUACAGGCUAAUCUUUAUCGUGGAUGUGUGGCACCCAGAGCUGGCACCUCAGCAACGAAGAAGUCUUUCCCCAAUCUAACGCUGUAUCUCCGACAUAAACUAGAGAAAGCAAGUUGGGGGUUGAGCAAACAUGAAGAAAUUGUGUGAUGUAUUGAAGUGCAACGAGUUCCAUUGAUUUCUACUUUUCCUGAAAUUCCUGGUGCAGCAGAGUUUCCAGACUGAGGGUAAUGUGUUUUUCCAAAACCAAAGCAAUUAAAUAAAUCAGAAGGUCUCCUGAAAUAUUUUUAAGGGGACAUUCUUUAUAAUUGAGUGAUCAUAUUUGACCUGUGACCUCUCCCAAAAGUUAAAUACUAAGGUCAAAGCUGAAUAAAAUCUACAGAGAAACAUCCAAUGUAGGAGUUCUCCAGUCGUGACUUGGAAUAAUUUCAAAAUAAUUCACCUGAAGCAACUGAAGAAUCCUUUUAUUGGAAAAAUGGCUGGAUUAGGUAGCUUUCUGCCGUAUUCAAUGUGAAUGCAGUCUGAUUAAUUUAUGUAAGGUAUAGAUUGUCACAGUUAUGUAACUGACCUUCAGUGUUUUGUAUUUCUCUGUACAAUCAAAGUUGCUUAUUUUUAAUCGCUGAUACUGACAAGUUACAUAAAGAUGAUUUGUACCUCCCCUUGCAUUUGGUAAAAUGCAUUUGCAUGGCACAUAGAUGUAGUUGAAAUCAGCAUUUCCUUUUUUAUAACAAGUGAUAGGAAUUGAUUAUUAAAAGGGUACUGUUACAUGGAGAUAUUAAUUUAGAAUUUAUUUUGGUCUACUUAAUUUCUUUUUAAUAACGUGAGUGUUAAUGCCCUCAAUGGGGGAGCUGCCUUUGCGAAGUUACUAAGCCUGACUGUGAGAGCAAGAUUGAUUAGCUCACAAAGUUAAUACGACAUGAUCACUGAAGCAUUUUGAAUUAACAGAUGUAUCUGUGCCUAAACUGAGCUCACCCACACUGUGCUUAGUAACUCCUUCAAAGUCAUUCCCCCAGCUGGAUCAGUAGCACUCAGUUCAAAUAAAAAAUUAAAAUUCCCAAAUUGUGUAAGUCAUUAUAGAGCAAGUUUCUGACCAUCAGUGUUGCUUAUAAAAUUAUAAAAAUGAAUCCUCUUGAAUUCAGAAUUGCUGAUAUUAAUUUUGUAGGAAGAGCCUAAAAGUACACUCUCACAAGGUGCUCGUUACUGCACAUGCCAAUGUUGAACUGUUUUUAGUGUGACAAAAAUGAACAAAUGCCAAAGUGGAAAGGCACACUCAUUCAGUAGACAGCUGAUACAUCUGCACAAAGUGCCAAAAAGCAGAUGGCUUGUGACAGCUGUAAUACAUCUACAAUAAAAUGACCAUAUGCUUUUAUCUUCAAAUUUAUUACACUCUGUGCAAAUGACAGAUUUUACUUUGAAGGAGCAAAGCAUCAAAGGCUAAGUUCACCAUGUAACUGAAAUACUUCUGUCUCAAAGCAAUCACAAGUACAGUCAGGUCCCUGCAGAGAGAUGGGGAUUGCAACCUGGAGCAAAUGUUAUUUACAUUCUCAUAGUGAUAGCUCUUAGCAAACUAUCUAAGAAGCAUUAUGUUGGGUACAGAAGAAGCACGGAAAAUAUAUUUUAUUUCAACAAAAACAUGUAUUGUGAUUUUUAAAUAUAUCGCAUUCUGCAGCAUCUUAGACUAAUGCUGGUUUACAAACGAUCCAAAGGAAUUGAAUUGGCUAUACAUAGGGAAAAGAGCUUUUUAUCUCAGUUCAGCCAUAGUCUAUCAUACAUACUAUAAUAUUACCAGAGUCUUUUUUUUUAGUAAUGCAAAUGUAAUUGAAUAUUUCUUAAUAUCCAAAUACUACAGCAAUAUAAAUUAAACUUUGUAUUUUACUCAGUUCUGAGUUCAGGAAGUUCAAAGUACUGACUAAAAGCUGCAUGGUGCCUAGCUUUCAAGUAACCAUGGACAAGGUCAAUCAGUUCAGAACUAAAUAAAAGAAACAAAUAAAAUCAGGGGAGUAAGAAUCAGUGAGAUCUAAAGUUGCCUCCCAGUUAUUUUAGGGUAUGAGCCCUUCUUCAGGAAUGAGGAAAGUGUGCCAAGCAGG